AUGUCAACGGAUGCCUGGGAAGAAAUACAAGCUAUAAAAAGCAAACGUAAUAGUUUACGAGAAAGACUUGAAAAGAGGAGAAAAGAAAGACAAGAGUUAUUAGGUUCUAGUUUAGGUUCAGUAUCUCCUGCAAAUAUCACUGACAUCUCUACAAAAUCUUAUGGAUCACAGUCCACAACAAUUGUUAAAGAUGAAGCGAAAAUUGGGGAAUCUGAUGAAUUGGUCAAAUUGGAUCCUGAAUUGGAGCAAGGUUUAUUGAGACAGUUGAGUGAGGUUACUCUACAGUUACCAAUAUCUUCAUCAGAACUUCUGGGUGUUCUCCAGAUAUCUUCAGACCAAGAUAGCACCCAUAGAAAGAUUUGCAAUUUGCUUGAGAAAUUUGCAAUACAAAAAUUAAUUACAGUAAACAGUUCUUCAAAAGAUGGAGACAGUCUACUGGAAGUCACUCAUGUAGAAGUUUCUAAGGUGAAUGCCAUGAUAUUAGUUGGCUCUCCAAACAAUUUGAAAGGUCAUAGAGAUAUUUUGAAAAGAAAGAGAGAGGAUUCUCCAGAAAAAAGUGGUGAAGGGGAGGAUGAGAGAAAGAAAAAAGAAAAGAAGGAACCUAAGGCAGAUAUUUUGUCUUUGUUGUCUAUGCCAUCUACAAAAGAAAAGGAGAGCAAGAAGCUAGGUGAAGAGAUUCUCGAUUUACUAAGUAAACCUACAGCCAAAGAACGUUCUUUGACAGAAAGAUUCAAGUCACAAGGCGGUAAACAACUCAUGGAGUUUUGCCCUCACGGGACAAGAGUAGACUGCGAAAAGAAUGGCAUAAUUGAUUGUAAAAAGCUACACUUUAAAAAAAUACUCCAAAAACAUACCGACGAAACUCUAGGCGACUGUUCAUUUUUAAACACUUGUUUCCACAUGGACACAUGUAAAUAUGUACAUUAUGAAGUAGACAGGUGUACAAACCCUGCUGAUAAACCAAGUGCCCCUAGUGGACCAGUUGUGAGAGUUGAAAGCACUAUGUUAUAUCCUCCACAAUGGGUGCAAUGUGAUCUAAGGUUCCUAGACAUGACGGUCCUAGGUAAAUUUGCUGUGAUAAUGGCCGACCCACCAUGGGACAUUCACAUGGAGCUUCCCUAUGGUACGAUGUCCGAUGAUGAGAUGAGACAACUUGGUAUUCCUCAAUUACAAGACGACGGUCUCAUCUUCCUUUGGGUGACAGGUAGAGCCAUGGAAUUGGGAAGGGAGUGCUUAAAGCUUUGGGGUUAUGAAAGGGUUGACGAGAUAAUUUGGGUGAAAACUAAUCAGUUACAAAGGAUAAUAAGAACAGGAAGAACUGGACAUUGGCUGAAUCAUGGAAAGGAACAUUGUCUGGUUGGGAUGAAAGGGAAUCCGCUGAAUUUGAAUAGGGGGCUGGAUUCUGACGUGAUUGUCGCUGAAGUUCGAGCGACUAGUCACAAACCUGAUGAAAUUUAUGGGAUGAUUGAAAGGUUGUCACCAGGAACAAGAAAAAUAGAGUUGUUUGGCAGACCACAUAAUAUCCAACCCAAUUGGAUAACUCUUGGUAACCAAGUAGACGGCAUAGGACUGGUGGAUCCAGUUUUAAUUGAAAGUUUCAGACAAAGGUACCCUACUGGAAAUUGUAUGGCACCUCCACCAGAAAAUACUCAUUCUUGA